ACCACUACUUCCGGGUUUCAGCAGUCUGGUCCAGAUCCUCCGCUCCUCCUCAGCAGCUCCUACACACACACAUCCAUUGUACACAACCGACUGGAGCGACUCACGCGGACAGACAUACAUAUACAAACGCGCACACGUACGGAGCGAGACGCGCGCAGCGGCGGCGGCGGCAGCAUCGAUCGUGGCUCCUUUAAGAAAAGCCUAAGCCAGAAUUAUCACCCCACCUCCUCUUGAUCUUCUCUAUACGCUUUUGCAUAAGAAAAUCAAGCGAGAAGACGAGAGUGAUCAAAGAAAACGAAAGGAGAGCUGCUUCAUUUUUUAACUGUGAUUGUGAAGCCGCAGCGCCGAGGUGGAGGCGACCCCGUGGAGACGCGCGUCGGACCAUCAUUCAUCCGGUACUUUUGACAAGCCCAUCGCAUUUGUUCUUAUUGACUGACAGCGCAAAGUGGCAGAAAGACAUGAGAGUGACCACUUUGGUAUGAUUUGAGCUUUGGUUUAUCCGGAGCAAAGAAAGCCUCCGCGCUGCUGCUCCACACGGAGAAGCCGAGGACCUACCACUCCAGCCGGGCUAAAGUUCCACAGAGCGCCGCAGACACGGAGCGGGGGUUUGCUCCGCCGCCGACAACAGGGAUUCUCGUGUGACAUAUCUUUUCUUUUGAGUUGGAUUUUCUUGCUUCGUUUCCACCCUGGCCCCAGAGAGGAUUUAUCUAAAGUGAAAGGACGAUCAGGGAGUGAGGAGGGUUAUGGCGCAACGGUACGAAGAUUUGCCCCAUUACGGGAUGGAUGGUGUGGGCAUCCCGACCACCAUGUACGGAGACCCGCACGGCGCGCGCUCCAUGCAGGCGGUGCACCUGAACCACGGGCCGCAGCUGCACUCGCACCAGUAUCCACACACGGGACACACAAACACCAUGCCCCCCAGCAUGGGCUCCUCCGUGAACGACGCGCUCAAGAGAGAUAAAGACGCCAUAUACGGGCAUCCCCUGUUCCCUUUGCUUGCACUGAUUUUUGAGAAAUGUGAAUUAGCGACGUGCACCCCCAGAGAGCCCGGCGUGGCGGGAGGAGACGUGUGCUCCUCUGAGUCCUUCAAUGAAGACAUAGCAGUGUUUGCAAAACAGAUCCGGGCAGAAAAACCUUUAUUUUCAUCAAAUCCAGAGUUGGACAACCUGAUGAUCCAAGCCAUCCAAGUUCUACGGUUUCAUCUGCUGGAGCUGGAGAAGGUGCACGAGUUAUGUGAUAAUUUCUGUCACCGGUACAUCAGCUGCUUGAAAGGAAAGAUGCCCAUUGACCUGGUGAUAGACGACAGAGAAGGAGGCUCCAAAUCAGACAGUGAGGAAAUCACGAGAUCCUCUGUGGCCCUCGAUCAGACGUCUUGGAACAGAGACCAUGACGACACGGCAUCCACGCGCUCUGGGGGGACGCCAGGGCCCUCCAGCGGGGGACACACAUCGCACAGCGGAGACAACAGCAGUGAGCAAGGUGACGGUCUGGACAACAGCGUAGCCUCGCCGAGCACGGGGGACGACGACGACCCGGAUAAAGAAAAGAAGCGCAACAAGAAGAGAGGAAUCUUCCCCAAAGUGGCCACCAACAUCAUGAGAGCAUGGCUUUUCCAGCAUCUAACACAUCCGUACCCGUCGGAAGAACAGAAGAAGCAGCUGGCACAAGACACAGGCCUUACCAUUCUACAAGUGAACAACUGGUUCAUCAACGCCAGGAGGAGAAUAGUCCAGCCUAUGAUCGACCAGUCAAACCGUGCAGGCAAUCAAGGAGCUCCCUACAAUCCAGAUGGCCAGGCAAUGGGGGGCUUCGUCAUGGACGGCCAGCAGCACAUGGGAAUCAGACCACCUGGUCCAAUGGGCGGCAUGGGGAUGAAUAUGGGAAUGGAAGGUCAGUGGCACUACAUGUAGACCUAUCCAAGUGCCAAGCAUCGCAACACCAAGGGGGAU